GUAUGCGUGCGCACCACCUUGUUUCGGUCACGUGAGACGAUUACGAAUAUGGUGGAAGUGUAUUUCUUGAAGUGAAGCCGCAAAAGAACCAAAACAGACCGGGAUAUUAAGGAAAGUUGCCUGUCACGUCUUGAACUUCUUCUGCCCUUGGAUUCGGGUAUGUCAUGGCCUCCAGCAUUGCUAAACCAGGCCCUGGGAAUGGCUACCCCAUGAAGGCACAACUGCAAAUUAUGGUGCUAUCAGCAAAACUGAAAGAGAACAAGAAGAACUGGUUUGGCCCCAGUCCAUAUGUUGAAGUUGCAGUUGACGGCCAGUCCAAAAAGACCGAAAAAUGCAACAACACCCACAGUCCCAAAUGGAAGCAGCUGCUCACUGUAAUUGUCACUCCUUUCAGCAAGCUCAUCUUCCGGGUAUGGAGUCACCAGACCUUGAAGUCGGACGUAUUGUUAGGCAUGGCAACUCUGGAGGUCAGCGACACACUCAAAUCCAACGACAUGAAUAUCUCUGAGGUGGUGCAGACCCUGCAGCUGAGUACAGACAAAGACCAGACCGAUGUGGUGGGGGACCUGUCUGUCUGUCUGGACGGCAUGCAGGUCGACCCAGAGAUGUUUGCCUCUGCUGUCGAGGCCAACAGCCGAAGUAUGUCAAAUGGGGAAUCGCAACACAACGGGGAUCAUGAUGUGAGGAGGAGUAGAGAUGGCUCUCCUUCUGUGGAUGGUUUGGAGCACAGAGCUUCCCCAACUGGGCGUGUGGUCGCAGUGAACGGCACAGGGUCUCCCGCUCUGUCAGCAGGUGGCUCCAAGGGGAAUCCUCUACGGCCCCCCAGGCCCUCCCGACCCCCACCACCCACCCCACGCAGACCAACCUCCUCUCCAGCAUCCUCUAAUAGUUCCAUACCAACUGAAGGAAGCGAUGGCCCCAGCUCAGAAACCCCAGUCCGUAUGCCUGCACCUGCAGUACCAGCCGCAGACCCCAAUGCCCCACCCCCUACACACGACCAGAGCCAAGCAAUAGCAGCCAGACAAGCAGCCAGUGUUGCUCCAGGCCCCCCCAGAGUCCCCACUGUCGCUGCAGGCCCACUGCUUCCUGGAUGGGAGCAGAGGGUGGAUCAGAACGGAAGGCUGUAUUUUGUAGAUCAUGUGGAAAAGAGAACGACGUGGGAGCGGCCUGAGCCUCUACCUUCUGGGUGGGAGCGGCGAGUGGACCCCAUGGGCAGGGUCUACUUUGUAGACCACAUCACCAGAACUACCACCUGGCAACGGCCCACCAUGGAGACGGUACGGAACUAUGAACAGUGGCAGCACCAACGCAACCAGCUACAGGGUGCCAUGCAGCAGUUCAACCAGCGCUUCAUAUUUGGGGUGAAUGGGCUCCAGGACCAGGUUCCAGCCACUGAGAAUAAGCAGUUUGAUCCCCUGGGCCCGCUGCCACAUGGAUGGGAGAAAAGAACUGACAGCAACGAGAGAGUGUACUUUGUCCAACACACCACACGGACUACACAGUGGGAGGACCCUCGCACUCAGGGGCUGCUGAAUGAAAAGCCUCUUCCAGAGGGCUGGGAGAUGAGGUUCACUGUCGACGGCAUCCCGUACUUUGUGGACCACAACAGGAGAGCCACUACAUACAUCGACCCUCGCACUGGAACAUCCUCACUUGAAAAUGGGCCCCAGAUUACUUACGUUCGAGACUUUAAAGCCAAAGUCCAGUACUUCAGAUUCUGGUGCCAGCAAUUGUCAAUGCCUCAGCACAUCAAGAUCACUGUCACCCGCAAAACCCUGUUUGAGGACUCGUUCCAACAAAUAAUGAGCUUCAAUGCACAGGACCUCCGCAGGAGACUAUGGAUCAUAUUCCCUGGGGAAGAAGGCCUCGACUAUGGUGGGGUGGCAAGGGAGUGGUUUUUCCUGCUGUCUCACGAGGUGCUGAACCCCAUGUACUGCCUAUUUGAAUAUGCUGGGAAGGACAACUACUGCCUGCAGAUCAACCCUGCCUCAUACAUCAACCCUGACCACCUUAAAUACUUUAAAUUCAUUGGACGCUUCAUCGCUAUGGCUCUUUUCCAUGGGAAGUUCAUUGACACAGGCUUCUCGCUGCCGUUCUACAAGCGCAUGCUGAACAAGCCAUGGGCACUGAAAGAUCUUGAGUCCAUUGACACAGAAUUCUACAAUUCUCUUAUCUGGAUUAAGGAGAAUGACAUUGAGGAGUGUGGCCUGGAGAUGUACUUCUCUGUGGACAAAGAGAUUCUGGGUGAAAUCACCACUCAUGAGCUCAAGCCGGACGGUGGCGAGGUCCUGGUCACUGAGGAGAACAAGGGGGAGUAUAUUAGGCUUGUAGCAGAGUGGAGGUUGUCCAGAGGUGUGGAGGAGCAGACCCAGGCCUUCUUUGAGGGUUUCAACGAGGUCCUCCCACAGCAGUACCUGCAGUACUUUGACGCCAAAGAACUGGAGGUGAUGCUGUGUGGGAUGCAGGAGAUUGACCUGACAGACUGGCAGAGGAACACCAUCUACAGACACUACGCACGCAGCAGCAAGCAGGUCCUCUGGUUCUGGCAGCUCAUCAAAGAGAUGGACAACGAGAAGCGGAUGAGACUCCUCCAGUUCGUCACAGGCACCUGUCGCCUUCCCGUUGGAGGCUUUUCUGACCUAUUGGGGAGCAAUGGCCCGCAGAAGUUCUGCAUUGAGAAGGUGGGAAAGGAGAACUGGCUGCCCAGAAGUCACACCUGCUUCAAUCGAUUGGAUCUGCCUCCUUACAAAAGCUAUGAGCAGCUGAAGGAGAAAUUGAUGUUUGCGAUUGAAGAGACUGAGGGCUUUGGGCAGGAGUGAUCUAGCAACUGAUCGAUAGACACAGGAGUGUGGUCUUCGUUUGUCAGUGUUUAAGCCAGGGAGCAUCUCGAAGACUGGCAUCUGUGUAAGCGUGUUUGUGCGUGCGUGCUGUUGAAGGGAGAGACCUUGCUCUAAAAUAUUGGAAGCAUAUUAGAGGUGGUUAUUGAUCCACAAGAGUAAACUGCUCCUGUCUCAUAGAAUGUGUGCCCCUCCCCCCAUCAUGUAUUAACGCUGGAAACUCACCCUCAAUAACAUCAUAUCAUAUAUGGGACAGGGUUAUCAGCAGCAUCGGUCCCAACACUAUUUCUGACUAUCCCAACACUGACUUUAAGGAAAAUUGUUACGUCUGAUAAGACAAUGGCCAGAUCAAGAAGGUUCACUGCACAUGCUUUAAAAUAGAACAGUUCUUCUGUUCAAGGUUCCUUAGCAUUUAUCUGUGAAUCAAUAAAAUAUUGCACGGGACAAUAUUGGCCCCUAUAUUUAUAAAGGUACAUGGAUGUGGCUCUACUAUGACCCUAGUUUUAUAGGGCAUUGUGACAUGAUAAAAUGUAAUCUCUUUAAGUAUUCUGGGGAAUAGGAAGUGUGAAAUGUUUGUGUCCAGAAUAUUGCCUUGAUGUCUUGGCUGAUUUGCGAUUUAACCAAGUUGUGUGCUGAGGUUGUGCCUGUGAAGACUAAACAGGUAGCUUUUAAAAGAGAUUUUUAACAAACUGAUUUAUCCAUUUUAUAUUAAUGGGAGAUGUUUUUCUAGCCGUGGCAAAGGCAUGGGAACGUCGGUGAGAAUACAUUUAGUUUGUUUUUCUGGGUUGAUUUUGAAUGGAAAUCCUAGGGUAGUUAAUGUGUAAAUAAUGAUUUAUGGUGCAUUGAAAAUAAAAAGUUGGCUCCUAUUUUUGUCUCCAGAUGUAUCCUUAAUGCAACUUAAACUGCUCUCCCUGUAUAUGAAACCAUGUUGUAAAUUGUGUUAAUAACAAAUUAAUUUCAUUUUGUAAAAUAAAGUGUUUAGUAAUAAGGGGUGUGUUGUGAAACGCCAUUUGAAAGAUUUUUCCCCUGUUUUGAUUUAUGUACAUUAUGAAUUUGUGUAAAAAAAAAA